ACAUCUGUUAUGGUCCGUUUGUUAAUCAUAACCUAGAAACAUACAAUAUAAAUAAGACCGGUACCAAUAAUCUGUGACUACAAUGACAAGUAAACCGAAUUCUAAAAGGACUGUGUACGUCGGUGGCUUAGCAGAGGAGGUGGAUGAAAAAGUUCUUAAUGCGGCAUUCGUUCCAUUCGGGGAUCUCGUUGAUGUACAAAUACCAUUAGAUUACGAAACAGAGAAACACAGAGGCUUUGCUUUUAUUGAAUUUGAAAAUGCAGAAGACGCUGCGGCCGCUAUUGAUAAUAUGAAUGACUCGGAACUCUUUGGUCGUACUAUAAGAGUAAAUAUAGCAGCUCCACAGCGGAUCAAAGAAGGCUCCACUAGACCUGUAUGGUCAGAUGACACAUGGUUGCAGAAACAUGCUGGUGAAACACUGGCCAUUGAGAAACAGAAAGAUGGAGAAGAAGAUGGCAACAAGGAGACUAGUAUGGAGGUUGAUAAUGAAACAACUACUGUAUCAAAAGAGAAACGGAAUCCACAGGUGUACUUUGACAUUAGUGUGGGUAAGCAAGAGAUUGGCAGGAUAAUCAUGAUGCUACGAGCAGAUAUAGUUCCCAAGACUGCAGAGAACUUCAGAGCGCUGUGCACACACGAGAAAGGAUUCGGCUACCAGGGUAGCAGCUUUCACAGGAUUAUCCCUGACUUUAUGUGUCAAGGCGGCGACUUCACAAAUAACAAUGGUACUGGAGGGAAAUCAAUAUAUGGACGAAAAUUUGAAGAUGAGAACUUCAAACUGAAGCAUACAGGACCCGGCAUAUUGAGUAUGGCUAAUUCUGGACCCAACACAAAUGGAUCACAAUUCUUUCUGUGUACAGCAAAAACUGAUUGGCUCGAUGAUAAACAUGUAGUGUUCGGUCACGUUAUAUCAGGAUUAGACGUAUUGAAGAAAAUGGAGAGAUACGGUACGAAAAGCGGGACAGUUUCAUCGAAAGUCAUUAUUAGUAAUUGUGGAGAAUUACAAUGA